AUGAAGGCACUUCCCGAAAUCCUGCGUGGACUCCGGAUAUGCGACUUUCUGAGAUAUGCACCGUGGUUCUGGUGGCGACGUGAGUUGUGGAAGCUGUACUACUUAGCCGAACCUUUCGACACCUUGGAGGAAUUCUGGUCCCACAGCUGGCGGCUAGCAGCAUGGACGAAGUAUGUGAAUGUGCUCUUUUUGAAACAUGCCUUUCCAGCAUCCUUGGUGGGUCUGAUAUGUGCCACGGUCGCCUACGCUCUCUUCCUCAUGGAACGUCUGCCAAAGUGGACGCAUGGUCCCUACGCUUGUAGCUGGUGUUCCUUUUCAGCAGCAGGGGCCUAUGUCUUGACAAUGCUGUUCUGCCGCCGAUAUACGCACGUUUUCCUCGACGUCGCUUGCAUCAAGCAGGAUGACCCUGUCUUGAAGGCUCAGGGCCUUCUCAGCUUGGGUGCUUGGUUGAAGAGAUCGAAAUCUUUGGUGAUUUUAUGGGAUCCGUCUUUCAGUUCGCGCCUAUGGUGUGUCUUUGAACUGGGAGCUUACCUGCACAGCCAUCCCAAAGAUUCAAAGCUCACAGUUGCCCCACCUCUUCAAGGGGCCAUCUGCCUGGGGACCCAGAUCGGGAUGGCUGCAACAUUGACUCUAUCACAUCUGGGGAAAGGGUUCGAGAUGGUAAAAGUGGUGCUCUUGUUUACUGUCCUCUUGCCAUGCGGGAUCCUACUGACACAUGGGCUUCGUGCCUAUUGGCGCAGCAUCGAUGUGAUGAAACGUCAGGCUUCCAGUUUCACGUUCGAGCAGGCCACGUGUGACUGUUGCGAACGGGGUCGUCACGAACGAGGCUUGUGUGACAGGGACAUCAUCGGAAGGUGUGUUAUCGCUUGGUUCGGAUCCAUUGGAGCAUUUGAAAGUCGAGUGCGAAUGGAGAUGGAGGUGGCUCUGGCGCACCAGCUUGCAAAUGCGGCCUUUGCCUAUCAUCGCCUGGUGUUAGCAGUGAUGCCUUGGCUGUGGUUACAGAUGGAUUUAAGCGCCAGUCAUGUUGGAGAGUCCAGCGAUUGGACACGUUGGGUUGAGCUCAGCAGAGCAGUGACGCUUGUUUUCGGAAUCUAUCCCUGCACGAUGAAGCUUCUAUGCCAGACUACGUUCCUCCUUCGGGCCAAACAUUGCAGCACAUGUGUUGACAUGCUGCUGUCAGCUGUGGCUCUGGUCUCUCACUUGUGGGCUGCCAGCGGCUUAAUUACGUUGGAAGAAUAUGUCGUGUGGUUUCUUGUCGGCCACCCAUAUGGACCAAUCUUUGGCGGCUUAAUUUCCUGGUCUAUGUGGAGCAUUGUCACUUUGCUAUUGUGGAAGUGCUUACCGGUUCUCCACUGA